GCGAUCGUGCAUUUCGCCGUGAGAUACUUGAAAAUUGUUGAAAGCAUCCUCCAUUGAGCGAUUCGGAUCCGCUAAUAAAUUGAAUGCAGUUUACAGCGCUCCAAUCUGUUAAUACUAGAAGGAGUCUGCCUCAGAAACGUUAGAGCUAGCCUACUGGCUAGUUGUCCGCCGGUCAGUUAGUCGAUUGCGUUCUUUGGCGAUAAAUAGAAGCUUCUGAUAAAAAACAAAGUGGACUGGUGUGGCGCAUAGUGAAUUCGAGCAUAGUGUGUCUGGUCGGACCCCUGUGCUUCCAUAGUUGAGUGUUCAAGUGUAUCUCAGUUUGGGUUCCACAGUUGAGUUUGUCUAGGCUGGCGUUUAUGGGCUUGUGAGGGGGCGUAAUAUGAGACGAGUACACUUUUCGUGCUGAGAUUAUUUAUUACUGGCACCAAGCGAUACGAGCAAUCUUGAAUAAAAACGUUACAUUUGUUUAUAAUGAAGUGAGAGUGACCUUUUUUGUUGCAUAUUAUCUGAACUUAGAAACUGAUACCGUUGAAUUAUGCAUUUAGUUCAAAAUAUAUUCCUUGCACUAUGUACACUUCUUGCAAGCUGCUCAGCGAUCGAAGUUAGUGUACCAAAAAAAUGGAGCUGUAAUGAAGACGAAAACUGCGUGCCAUAUGUAGGACAGAAGUCAUUAGAAUCACCAUCAAUAUAUGAAACUCAGGAUAUCUGCAGGUUAUCCUGUGGUCGGUACGGGCCACUAUGGCCACGUCCUACCGGGGCCAUCACUAUUUCACAAGGCCGAGUUAAUUUCAAUCCUAAGAAUAUUCGGGUUGAUAUUUUCGUUACAAACCAAGAUGCGGCAACGUUUCUGGAAGGAGCUCGUGACAUUUUUAUAAGUAAUGUAUGGAAAGAAUGCGGAAAAGAUUGUGAGUUGCCUGGGAACCAUAUGCUUAUUAUUCAAGUUCGGGUUGCCCAAGGAAAGAUGACUCUAGACUGGAGUACAGAAGAAUCAUAUGUUCUGGUAAUAAGUAGCGCAGCCGAUAGAACCUUUGUAGAUGUUCAGUCCUCAUCGGUAUAUGGUGCCAGACAUGCAUUAGAAACUUUGGCUCAGUUUAUAACUGCAGCCGCUGACAAUAGCACCUGCCCUCCAUCAGUCAGUGAAGUUACGUCUGUUGUUAACAUUACUCCAAGAGAUAGCACCGUAUCUAUAAAUUAUAACGUUAACAUCACAAUACGAAAUAAAAGGCGUGGAACUUACCAAGUAAUACGCGAAAGAGCGUGCUUCAGCUCUGGCUUAGUCAUGGUGUCUUCGGCACGAGUCGUAGAUAAGCCCCUCUUCAACCACAGAGGUGUUUUAUUGGAUACUUCCCGGAACUUUAUGCCAGUAAAUAUCAUUAAGAGAACCUUGGAUGGAAUGGCUGCAUCCAAACUGAACGUUUUCCAUUGGCAUGCAACUGAUUCGCAUAGUUUUCCCUUAGAGAUACCCCAAGUUCCACAACUGCAGAGAUUUGGAGCUUAUUCCGCGGAGGAGACCUAUUCAUAUAAAGAAAUGGAAGAUAUUGUCAAAUAUGCCAGGCAGAGGGGAAUCCGAGUUCUCAUAGAAAUCGAUUCACCAGCGCAUGUUUCAAACGGUUGGCAAUGGGGUCCUCUAGGAGGAAUGGGAGACUUGGCAAUUUGCAUUAAUCAACAGCCUUGGCGGCAGUUUUGCAUUCAACCGCCUUGUGGUCAAAUGAAUAUUGUUAACGAGAAUUUAUAUGAAAUCAUGAAAUUAAUUUACGAGGAUAUUGCUAAAAUUACGCCGGGAGAGAAUACAAUGCAUUUAGGAGGUGAUGAGGUCCGUUUAGAGUGCUGGAACGCUAGUACAGAAAUCCUGAACAAAAUGCGCGAUCGAGGUCUUCAACCAAAUGUUGAUGGUUUUCAUCAACUCUGGUCUGAAUUUCAUCAUCGCACGCAUCGAAUCUGGUCCGAUAUAAAACAAACUGGUUCAAAGGGAAUCCUCUGGUCAAGUAAACUUACUGAUCCUGAAAAGAUUGAGCAGCUCCUCCCGGCUAACAAGUUCAUAAUCCAAACGUGGGUACCUACAUCAGAUCCUCUGGUCAGAGACCUUCUUGUGAAAGGAUACCAACUAAUCGUCACACCGAAGGAUGGUUGGUAUCUCGAUCAUGGUUUCUGGGGAGUCACCAACUAUUACAAUUGGCGAAGUGUAUAUGAUAAAAUACUCCCACGGGAUCUGAAUAUUUUAGGAGGAGAAGUGUGCAUGUGGUCGGAGUAUGUGGACGAAUUUGCUGUGGAAUCCCGCAUUUGGCCACGAGCUGGAGCUGCCGCUGAACGACUGUGGUCUGAUCCAAGCACAAGUUCUCGAGAGGCUGAGUCACGUUUUAAUAGAUAUCGGAAGAGGCUCAUUGCUCGGGGUAUUGGGCCUGAUGCCGUAACACCUAAAUGGUGUACUCUAAACGAGGGCGAAUGUCAUUGAUUUGUUUAUGAUAUUCAAUUCCAGUUUGUUAUUGAUUUGUUAUUAUGCCAAACUGCCUUUUUAGUUAAUAAUGAAAUAUAGUUAGCAUAAUGUAUAUAAUGUGUAUGAAAAUAAGUGUUUCAGUAAAGAAUUUGUUAUUCCCUGCAAAUA